CACAGGCGAGGAGCAGCCGGGACCUGCGGGCACCCACCUUCCUGCUACCUACCAGCCUACGGACCGACCCACCGGUGUACCUGCCACCUUCCCACGGAUCUACGACCGACCUACCGACUGACGCACCGACCCAUCAACCGACCUAUUCACCCAUUUGCCACCAACGCACCCAUUGACCGACAGACGGACUGACUGACUGACCCACCAGCUUACCUGCUACCAACCAACCCACCCACCCAGCGACCAACUGACUGACCCACCGGCUUACCUGCCACCCACUGACCGACCCAUCCACCCACCCACCCACCCACUGACUGACGGACGGACUGACCCACCAGCUUACCUGCCGCCCACCGACCCAUCUACCAGUGACUCACCCAGGCACCCAUCUCCUGACCGGUGCACCGGCUUACCUGCCACCCACCUAACCACCAACCAAGGGACAGACUGACUGGCUUAAGUGCCACCGACCCACCGACGGAGUGACCCACCGACCCACCAGCUUCCCUGCCAGCCACCAGCCCAGUGACAGACCGGCUCAGCGGCCACCCCCGGGGCGAUGAAGGCGGCGCGGAUCGCCCUGCGCAGCGCAGCCCCGCUGGCCGGGGCCGGCGGCAGCCGCGGCCGGUUGCCGCGGGAAGUGGAGCAGUUUUCCCGGUUCUCGCCCUCCCCGCUCUCCAUCAAGCAGCUGCUGGACUUCGGCUCAACUAAUGGAUGUGAGAGAACUUCUUUUGCCUUCUUGCGGCAAGAACUUCCCGUGAGGUUUGCAAACAUACUGAAAGAAAUUGAUCUUCUUCCUGAUAAAUUACUGGGCACUCCAUCAGUACAAUUAGUAAAAAGCUGGUACAUCCAAAGCUUGAUGGAGCUCGUUGAGUUCCAUCAGAAAAGCCCAGAUGAUCAAAAAGUCUUAUCUGACUUUAUAGAUACAUUAAUCAGAGUCCGAAACCGACAUCAUGAUGUGGUUCCUACAAUGGCACAAGGAGUAAUUGAAUACAAGGACACCUUUAAAGUAGAUCCUGUCACCAAUCAAAACAUUCAGUAUUUUUUGGAUCGUUUUUACAUGAGCCGCAUUUCCACACGGAUGCUAAUGAACCAACACACCCUUCUUUUUGAUGAUAAGUCCGGCUCAGGGCACCCAAGGCACAUUGGAAGUAUUGAUCCUUGCUGUGAUGUUGCUGAAGUAGUGAAUGAUGCUUUUGAAAGUUCCAAGAUGUUGUGUGACCAGUAUUACUUAACAUCUCCAGAACUGAAACUUACUCAAGUGAAUGGAAAAUUUCCAGGAGAGCCAAUUAACAUCGUAUAUGUCCCAUCUCACCUUUUUCACAUGCUUUUUGAGCUGUUUAAGAAUUCAAUGAGGGCGACCGUUGAAUUCCAAGAAAACAGUCCUUCCCUUUCUCCAGUUGAAGUGACAGUUGUUCUGGGAAAAGAAGACCUGGCAAUCAAGAUCUCAGACAGAGGAGGUGGUGUUCCAGUCAGGAAAAUUGAACAGCUGUUUAGCUACAUGUAUUCCACAGCACCAAGACCAAGGAUGGAUGAUGGUAGAAAUACUCCUCUGGCUGGCUUUGGGUAUGGCUUGCCAAUUUCUCGUCUGUAUGCUAAAUACUUUCAAGGAGACCUAAAUCUGUACUCCAUAUGUGGUUAUGGAACAGAUGCUAUUAUCUACUUGAAGGCUCUAUCAACAGACUCAGUAGAAAAACUCCCAGUUUUUAACAAAUCUGCUUCCAAGCACUACCAAGCUACCUCAGAGGCAGAUGACUGGUGUGUCCCAAGUAAAGACCCAAAGGAUGUAUCAAAGCAGAGUGCAGCUCUCUGAAGAGAAGCUGGUAUCCAGGCACCCAAGGGGAUCAAGCUGGCUUCUCAAAAGACUAGUGUUUGGAAGUAUUCAUCUACCUCCAAACAAGCAAAUUCUUCAGUUUCAGGACUGUCAGAAGACAAAGAAGAUAAGGAUGUUAUAGCCUAGGCUGUAUGCACUGAAUAUGAAAUCUUGCUGUGGACUAAACGACGAGGAAAAUAGCACCUAAGUCUUCUUUAAAGAUGAGAUGUGUAUAAAGGAAAAUCAGACUUUUUUUUUUAUGAUCGAAGACUUGUUGUGGUAGAGGUGUGCAAUUUAAGUCCUGUUUAAUGCUUGUAUUCUGAAUCCUGAAAAAGUCACUUAUGCUGGUGUACAUUUUUCUCCUAGAAUAGUUAUCAGUGGUUCAUCUUAUUACAGAACUUCUCAGGUAGAUAGUUAACACCUGUAUUUUAAAGCUGUAUUUAUAACAUUUGGAAAAGAUCCACCUGGCAUGGCAGUCUUAUAGCAAGAUACAAACAGCAUUCAAAUACAGCCUGACUGGGAGGCAGGGAGCCUUGAGAGGUAGGGAGAAAGUCCUUUCCAUAUAUAAGGAAGUCUUGGGUUUUUUUAAAAAAAAUCCACCUAUUUCAGUAAAAAUUCCUGUGAUGCCUUCCUCUGUGAGUUAUAUGGCUAGAUUUUUUUAAGUUAAGCUGUUCAUGUAAAAACUAGCCAAGUGAGGCUCCUAUGCGUAAGGUAACUAAGAAGGAAAACAGGAUAUUUUAGAAAGUUACUGGAAAGGAAUUUAAAGCUACUUGGUUAUAGCAGUUGCAAGGUUAGGCUACAUCUAACCUAGAUCCUUGCAAACCAGAAAGCAUAUGCCAAGUAGUAGGUUAGGAUUUUCCAAGAACUGAAGUCAGACAUGCAAGUUGAACAGAAGGGUUUUGGUGAUCUGUAUUAUGUAAGCAUGAUGUGGGAAACAAUGGCAUGUUUAAAACAUGCUCUUGGGGUUCCUUUUUAUCCAUGCUCUUAGAAGAUCAGUGUCUCAGUGCACUAAAAUCUGCCUAUCAUCUUUGUCAAAUUUGUAUUGGACCACACUACUUUGAAGAGGUACGUGGGGUUCUACACCUGGAAAGCUGUGAUGAGCACUGAAGGUCUGUUUGAAAGGGUUUCAGGAAGAGUGGUAUUGGAACUAGAAUUUUGUUCUAAGAACUGUUAAUUGCAAUGGAAAAGACUUAGGAAAUUAGAAGCUUCAAAAUAUGAACAGCACUGAAAACUAUGGAAUAACUUUUAUGAACAGCAAAAUAAUGGGGAGCCAUCACAGGAACAGUGCCAGUGAGAGAGAGUUGUUGGGAAAGUAUUCCUUUCUCAAUAAGCUUCUUCCUUCCACAUGUUCUUUGUCCAUUUUGCCCCUUAUAAGCAAGGUAAGCUUAAUGACAGAGUCGAAGUUAAACUAUUGAACACUGCCAGACUAGCCAGUCAAACUUCAUCAGGGCUGUAUAAUAUGACUUGAAUUAUUUUUUUUCAUAAGAGUCUUUGCAAGAAGCUGCAGGUACAGUAUUUAAAGCAUCCUGCUCAGUUGUGUGACAGUUUUCUAAAACAGAUUUGUAUUUGUUGUUGGACAGAAAGCCACUCCGUACUUCACUGUGAACACCAAUUUUUUUUUUUUGCUAAUACGAAGGAGAGGAAGCUGGAACUACCUUUGUGUUCUAAAAGUCCUGUUGGGACAAAUUUCUCUUAUCAAAAAUAAAACAGUAUUAUGAUAUGCACAAUUUCUUUUAAAAACUAAAUUUAGAAUUAUUGGUGAUAACUAUUGAGCAUAAUGACGUCAGUACUGCAUCAAGGCUAUUUUAAUCCUAGUGAAUAAGCUGUAUCCACCAAAGAUCAUCAGGUCAUAUAUCUGAGCUUAGCUCAGUGAAUGAAAUGGAUAAUAAAAAUAUAAUAUAUUGGCCUAGAAUAUACAGGUGUGAAAAAGCUGCCUUCACUGCCAUAAUAUACUUGAAUAUUUGUUGAUUUUUGUAUUGAAUACAAGAUCACACAAACAUACCUAGGUAGUCGUUGUCAAGUGAACAUUAAUUAGACCACUCUGUCUGCAUCUGGUAAUGCUUGAACAUGAGUCGUCAUCUCAUGAUAUACUGUACAGCUGUAACAUAGCUGCAGCUACUCCAGGUAGGAGCUUUAACUUCUGCCUCAAAGCAGCUGAAGCACAUGGGUGCUGUAAACACAACUGUAAUGUUGCUUGCAGAGAGAAGCUGCAGGAAACAUUCAUGGUGCAGACAGAGUUGGGUAUAGCACUUAAGAAACCCAUGUGGAAUCUCUGUAGUAUUAAGAAUUACUUAAGGGCUGUCUACCUAGAUAAUGCAGUACCUCUUUUAGCAUUUACUGAAUUUUUAUUUCUCAAAGCAGAGCUGUAGUUUUAAGCCUUUUCCUUGGAUGUAGAUGUUGAAAUAAUUUUUUAAUAAAAUAUUCCAAAUGGU